GUCAGAGGAGGCGGGCAACGCGUCCAAAACCAGCGCCUGCGCGUGCUCAAGGCAACCAGGAGCAGAGACCGAGUGUGCGGCUUGGGUAGCCGGAUUCCGUGACACCACCCGAGCCACGCGCCACCACGUCCUGCCCGGCAUGGAGGGCGAGUGCCGGGUGCUCUCCAUCCAGAGCCAUGUCGUCCGAGGCUACGUGGGCAACCGGGCGGCCAUGUUCCCGCUGCAGGUUUUGGGAUUUGAGGUCGAUGCCGUGAACUCUGUGCAGUUUUCCAACCACACAGGCUACGCCCAUUGGAAGGGCCAAGUGCUGAACUCACAGGAACUCCAUGAACUGUAUGAAGGUCUCAAGAUAAACAGUGUGAAUAAGUACGACUACGUGCUCACUGGUUACACAAGAGACAAGUCCUUCCUGGCCAUGGUGGUGGACAUCGUAUGGGAGCUGAAGCAGCAGAACCCUCAGCUCGUGUACGUGUGUGAUCCCGUGAUGGGCGACAAGUGGAAUGGCGAAGGUUCCAUGUACGUCCCCCAGGACCUCCUUCCCGUGUACAGGGAGAAAGUAGUGCCCGUGGCAGACAUCAUCACUCCCAACCAGUUUGAGGCUGAGUUGCUGAGUGGCAGAAAAAUCCACAGCGAGGAAGAGGCACUGGAGGUGAUGGACAUGCUACACUGCAUGGGUCCUGACACAGUGGUCAUCACCAGCUCUGACCUGCCCUCCCCACAGGGCAGUGACUACCUGAUCGCACUGGGCAGCCAGAGGAUGCGGAAGCCUGAUGGCUCCACAGUGGCCCAACGCAUCCGGAUGGAGAUGCGCAAAGUAGACGCUGUCUUUGUGGGCACUGGGGACCUCUUCGCUGCCAUGCUUCUGGCGUGGACACACAAGCACCCAGACAAUCUGAAGGUGGCCUGUGAGAAAACUGUGUCUGCCAUGCAACACGUGCUGCAGAGGACCAUCCGGUGUGCAAAAGCUCAAGCAGGAGAAGGAAAGAAGCCCAGCCCGGCUCAGCUGGAGCUGAGGAUGGUCCAGAGCAAAAAGGACAUCGAGGACCCCGAGAUUGUGGUGCAGGCCACGGUGCUGUGAGGGCCGUGCAUUCGCCCCGACACACCGAGUGCCGGGGUCUCUGUUUUCAUCCCCGUGAAAGCUGUAACGUCUGCCUUAGAGCCAUGACUGACACUUGACAUUUUAUUCCUUCCUGAGGGUCGGGUCUCAUCCGGUCUCAAUGGUAAAAAUGUGCCAUCAUGUUUUUUUAAAAAAAUAAUAAUAACAAAAGCCGUCGCAGAAAUAUGUGACUCAGAAACAUGGCCCCUUCUCCUCCCCCAAGGCUAUGGGCCUACUGACUGUGUCUUGUUGACUCAUAGGUGUUUGGAAGGCAGGUGGAAUAGGCAAGCCUGCUGCCUGUGGACCCUUCUGUUGGUCACAGGCUGCCGUUGCCCCCAGAUUCCUGAUUGUGAUUGGACUAGGCCUGUGGUGGCACUACUUUUAAAUUGGGUUAAGUCUUAACCAUGGCAUCUGGAAGAAUUAUGCCAAAUAUCUUCAUUGCCGUUUGGGUCUUACCCUUGUUCCUGCACCAGAGUUUCUGUGUGUGUCUCUGCUGCUCUUUGUGUCUCCGAGGAUGUCACACUUACACAGCUGUGGGACUUUGGGAAGGUUUUAUAUCCUCAUGCUUGGGUAGGCACACAAGCAUGUAGUCACUGUGACAGGGACCCUUAAAGGGCCCCGAACAUUCCAGGGGAUCUGCAAGCCUCCUGGGGGUCUGCAGGAUCUCCUAUAACUUGGGAGCAACUUCUGGGAAACUGACCAACCUAGGGGUCGGCUGCUGAGCCUAAGGUGGCUUGGGAAGUUCAGGGAAGGAUGCCACCCUGGGUUCUUGUGGGAGCUCACCCAGCGCUGUGGUCCUCAGUUGGCACUGCACAUGCCAUGUGCUGCUGGGGACAGCACAUUGCUGCAGCCAUGUUUGCACAGACAGAAGGAGAGGCGGCCGUGGCAUGUGCCCCCGGUGGCAUACUUAACUGCAGGCUCCUCCCUCCAUUUCUGUACUCUGUGCCCAGCACUCACUGAGGGGCAAGAGGCCCUUAUGUGAAGCCAGCUCACGCUCUGCCUCCUUGGAAGUCCUGCUCCUAGGGGGAGCGUAUGGGCACUGUGGGUGCAGGGCCAUCUCUUAGACCCUUGCAGGAGACUGUGACAAGUUCCAUUUCCAUUGCUCAAAUGUGGCUUUCCCGACUGUACAUCUUGGAAUUUGGGGUCCCUGAGUCCUAGCUGUGAGUGGGGCUGUCCAUUUUGAUUGACCUUUAUCUCAGCAUCCACCCAUUUCCCUAUACCUCAGUUCUUGAGAUUUGCCUCUUCUGAGAAGCCACAGCCUAAGGAGCAAUGGGAGACUGGGAGAGGUGGGGACCACAUUGUGACCCCCAGGGGCAUAGGUUCUCCAGGGGUGCCUGGCUGCCACCCAUAGGUGAACCUCAGAGUGCCACACCCUACCUUAACAUAGUCCAGUGUUCCCCUUCCCCAGUUAAAAUGCCCUAGAUGGAGGAGACACCGGUCCACGUGGACUUGCAC